ACCUUUGGGAUGCUUUUAUUUCUCACACUCCUGCUUUUUCAUGACCUUCAUUCAAAGGCAGAGGACACUGUUUGUCGAAUGAUGGGAGACUCAAAAUACCCGCUACUAUCUAAGGAAGGAGACAUAAUGCUCGGAGCUCUUAUUUCAGUCCAUAGUAAAGAAACUUUUUCUUUAUAUGAGUUCACACAAAAACCUCAGCUUCUGUCAUGCUCCAGUGUAAAUAUACAAGAUUUGCGGUUGGCUCAAAUCAUGACCUUUGCCAUUGAGGAGAUUAACAGGAAUGAAACUUUGCUCCCGAAUGUUUCUAUUGGCUACAGAAUUUAUGAUACUUGUGCUUCAAGAUUGUCAUCUAUGAGUGCAACUAUGGCAGUGAUGAAUGGACAAGAGUUUGCAGAAGUAGACAGAUGCAAUGGAAAGACUCCUAUACAUGCUAUCAUAGGAGAAUCAGAGUCUUCUGCCACAGUAAUUCUGUCCAGAACCACAGGACCUUUUAAAAUCCCAGUGAUAAGUCACUCAGCUACCUGUGAAUGUCUCAGUAAUAGGAAAGAUUACCCCUCUUUCUUCAGAACUAUUGCUAGUGAUUAUCACCAGAGCAGAGCACUUGCAUACAUUGUCAAACAUUUCGGCUGGUCAUGGGUUGGAGCUGUUAAUAGUGACACUGAGUAUGGAAACAAUGGAAUGGCCAUAUUUCUGAAUACAGCACAGGAAGAGGGCAUUUGUGUAGAGUACACGGUGAAAUUCUACCGAACAGAGCCUGAAAAACUCCAGAAAGUUGUAAAUAAAAUAAAGCAAAGCACUGCUAAAGUAAUUGUUGCAUUUCUUUCCAAUUUUGAGAUGAAGAAUUUACUUGAGCAGUUAAAUGUUCAGAACAUUACAGGCCUGCAAAUGAUUGGUGUUGAGGCAUGGAUAACAGCAGAGAAUUUAAUCACUCCAAAUAGCUUUCCUGUGCUAGGAGGAUCACUGGGAUUUGCAAUGAGAAAAAUGUUUAUUGAAGGUUUUUUAGAUUAUGUGUUAAAAGCAUUCUGGGAGACUGCUUUUCCAUGCUCACAUGCAGAUGGGAAUUCUUCCCACAAUGCUUUAGGUUGCAACAGAUAUCAGGAUCUGUUUCUUUUAAAAAACUACAUUGAAGACUUGCCUGAGCAAAGAUAUACAAGUAAUGUCUACAAAGCAGUGUAUGCUGUGGCCUAUGCACUGCACAGUCUGCUAAAAUGCAAAGAAAAAGAAGGUUGUGAGAAAGGCCUGACAAUACAACCACAGCAGGUGGUUGAGGCUCUUAAAACAGUCAAUUUCACAGUUAAAUUUGGAGAUCGUGUGUGGUUUGACAGCACUGGUGCUGCAGUAGCCCAGUAUGAAGUUGUGAACUGGCAGCAGGACUCUGAUGGAUCAAUUCAGUUUAAAGCAGUGGGUUUCUAUGAUGCCUCACUGCCCCCUGACCAGCGCUUUGUGCUUAACACUGAAAACAUCAUCUGGGCUGGAGGACGGAUGGAGAAGCCAAGGUCUGUGUGCAGUGAGAGUUGUCCUCCAGGCACUAGGAAGGCAGGACAGAAAGGAAGACCUGUCUGCUGUUAUGACUGUAUUCCAUGUGCAGAUGGAGAAAUCAGUAAUGAGACAGAUUCAAAUAACUGCAUGCAGUGUCCAGGGGAAUACUGGUCUAAUGCUGAGAAAAAUAAAUGUGUGUUAAAGACUGUAGAAUUUCUGUCAUUCACUGAAGUUAUGGGUAUAGUGCUGGUCUUUUUCUCACUGUUUGGUGUAGGAGUAACUGUACUGGUGACAGUCCUGUUUUAUUGUAAAAGAGACACCCCCAUAGUAAAAGCCAACAACUCAGAGCUGAGCUUCCUGCUGCUCUUCUCAUUGAUUCUCUGUUUUCUCUGUUCAAUUACUUUCAUUGGCCAGCCAACUGAAUGGUCCUGUAUGUUACGUCACACAGCGUUUGGGAUCACUUUUGUACUCUGUAUCUCUUGUGUUCUGGGGAAAACAAUAGUUGUGUUAAUGGCCUUCAAGGCCAGACUUCCAGGAAGUAAUGUCAUGAAAUGGUUUGGGCCUUUACAACAGAGACUCAGUGUUCUGGCCUUCACUCUUAUACAGGUUCUUAUCUGUGUGCUUUGGCUAACAAUAUCUCCUCCUUUUCCCUAUAAAAAUAUUACAUAUUAUAAGGAGAAGGCCAUUUUUGAGUGCAGUCUGGGUUCUGCUUUAGGGUUUUCUGCUGUGCUGGGAUAUGUUGGAAUAUUGGCUCUCAUGUGCUUCUUUCUGGCUUUUCUAGCUCGGAGGCUUCCUGAUAAUUUCAAUGAAGCUAAAUUCAUCACAUUCAGUAUGAUCAUAUUCUGCACUGUUUGGAUCACAUUUAUCCCAUCUUAUAUCAGUUCUCCAGGAAAAUUUACCGUAGCUGUGGAGAUAUUUGCUAUUUUAGCCUCAAGCUUUGGUUUAUUAUUAUUUAUAUUUGCACCUAAAUGUUACAUCAUUCUGUUUAAACCUGAACAAAAUACAAAACAAAAUUUGAUGGGAAAAACACAAACUAAGCCCUAUUGA